AUGGCCAAGAACAAAUUGAGAGGGCAGAAGUCCAGAAAUGUAUUUCACAUAGCCAGUCAAAAAAACUUCAAGGCUAAAAACAAAGCAAAAACAGUUACCUCUAAUCUCAAGAAGAUAAACAUUGUGAAUGAGGAGAAAAUUAACAGAAUGAAUACAGCUUUUGUAGACAUUCAGAAGGAACUUGCAAACUUCUCAAAAGGCCUUUCUCUUGAACCUCUGCAGAAAGAGCUGAUUCCUCCAAAGAACCAUGAAAAUGAAUCAGCUAAUGUUGACGAAGCUGCCAGAUUAAUGGCACAGCUAUAAUGCAGUGAUAGCAUCCAAAUUUCCCCAAAAGAUCAAUAAAUUAUGUUUUAUACAAA